AUGGGUUUUGUGGGUCUUUUAAAAUUUGCUGUGAAAUGCCUUGAUGUUCUUGCAUGGCCUGUUUUUGGUUUGGGUUAUCCUUUAUGUGCUUCCAUUCAAGCGAUCGAGACUAAUUCUAACUCAGACACCCAGAAGCUGAUCACAUAUUGGGUCUCCAUUUCUGUGGUUUUGCUCUUUGAACAUGCUUUUCAGCUUGAAUGGCUAGCCUUCUGGCCAUACAUGAAGUUAAUGAUAGUCGGCUGCUUGGUUCUGCCUUAUUUUGAUGGUUCCCUUUAUGUCUACAAACACUUUGUUCAUCCAUGUCUGUCCAUGGACCCAAGAAUAAUCACCUGCCAGUUCAACAAGCUGGAGGAGUUGUUUUUCAAGAAAGAUGAUUUCUUUGUUGAGGUGAAGAGGUAUAUCAAGGAAAAUGGCUCUGAUGCUUUGGAGGAUCUCAUUGCUUCCACGAAAAAGAGUGCAAAGCCUAAUGUUGCUGUGAACAAGAUCAGGGCAGCUGCAGUAGAUGAUUGGCCGAAGUUUGAACAAACAAAACUUCCAGUUCGAUUCAAAGACAGUAAUGCUGUCGAAAUAAAAGAGAAGAUAGAAGUUGCAUCAACAGAGCAGCUAAAGUUUGAACAACCUAAACUUCCAGUUCGAUUCAAAGACAGUAAUGCUGUGGAAAUAACAGAGAAAAAAGAACUUGCAUCGACUGCGCAGAUAAAGAUUGAACAACCUAAACUUCCAGUCCGAUUCAAAGAUGGUAAUGCUGUGGGAAUAACAGAGAAAAAGAAGUUGCAUCAACCAUGCAGUAGUGCUGUGGAAAUAACAGAGAAAAAAGAAGUCGCAUCAACCAAGCAGGUUAGACAAAUAGAAUCUAACAACGGUCAGACAGAAAACAUAACAUUUCUACCUCUGGAGAACAUAAAUACAGCAACAACAAAAAUAGGAGGCAGAGAUCCUUACGAGGUACUACCUCCGGAGAAAGCUCAAAAGAUAUGGACUUGUGCUAUAUGUCAAGUAACAGCCCAAAGUGAGGCAGUUCUUAAUUCACAUCUCCAAGGGAACCGGCAUAGGGCUGCUUGUGAACAGCUAAAAGUCAAGAAUCAGACACCAAAAAGUGAAGAUUCCCCUGCUUCAGUGGGAAAGAAAUCUAAUUUUACCACGGCAACUGCAGGGACUGGUUUUUCUUGUGUUGUAUGUCAGUUAACACUUGAAAGUCUGGCAGUUCUUAAAUCACAUCUUCAAGGAAAGCGCCACAAGAAAGCUUUUGAGCUGCUGAACUCCAAGAACCAGGCAUCAAACAACAAUGUUAAUGUUUCCCCUCCUUCAAUGGGAAAGACAACUAAUUUUCCUGAAAGCAAGCCAGAGAAGUGUACAAUCAGCAACACUACUUCACCUGAAAAUAGAAUGCAUGAAUCGAAGAAGCAAGGCAAGCAAGAGAACCUGAUGAAGAGCCUAUCUGUUGAGAUUAGGAAUUCUAAGUGGUGGUGUACAAUCUGCAAUGUAAGUUGCACCAGCGAGGGAAACAUGCACUCUCAUCUUAAUGGGAAUAAGCACUUGGCUAGGAUGCGAGAAUUGGGUGGUCUUGGAAAAAAUGAGCAUGCUUAA